AACUGACAGCAUUUAAAUUACAAUUCCGAAAGUUUUUAUUUUCUGUUAACGUUAUUGUUCUUAAUAAAUGUUUAAUCGUAUUUAGCAACCACUGUGAUGGAACAUUUAUUCCUCUAUUUAAUAUUUGUCGUUGCUUUUCUGGCUGUUCAAAGUGCUGAAGAUUCUUUUAAAGAUGUUAUCCAAAAACGAAAAAAUCAUCAGCUUAUGGAUGUGUCACAGAGUAAGCUCUCGUAUUUAGCUGAAAUGGGAGAUUUAUAUCAUUUUAACGAGGUUCUUGAAAAGAUUCUCAUUCCCCGAGUUGUUGGAACUGAAACACAUGAAGAAGUCAAAGAUUAUAUUAUUGCGAAACUCCGAGAACUUAACUGGAGUGUUGAAACUGAUGAAUUUUAUGAUGACACACCGAUAUUCAAAGACCUAAAGUUUACAAACAUUGUUGGAAAACUUAAUCCAAAAGCCGAAAGAUUUCUUAUGUUAGCUUGUCAUUACGACAGCAAAUACUUCAAGAAUGAAAAAUUCCUUGGAGCCACCGAUAGUGCCGUACCUUGUGCAAUGUUGAUUAAUAUAGCUAAGGUGAUGUCUGAUUAUUUUACAAAAAUGAAAUCUAAAGAAGAUGUCAGCAUUAUGCUGGUUUUCUUUGAUGGUGAAGAAGCUUUCAAUCAAUGGACAGCCACUGAUUCAAUUUAUGGUUCGAGACAUCUAGCAGAAAAGUGGGAGGAUGAAAAGUUCCUUCAUAGGAUCGAUUUGAUGGUUCUCCUAGAUUUACUGGGGUCACCAGAUCCAACUUUUUACAGUUUCUUUAAAGAAACUGAGAAUUGGUAUGCGAGAAUGGCUUCAACAGAAGAGAAGCUCGAUAAUCAAAAUUUAUUAGAACGUUAUCAAUCAAGUGGAACAACAAUACGACAACCAACGAGAUAUUUUCAAUCAAAUUCUUUACGCACUGUAAUCGAAGACGAUCAUAUUCCCUUUUUAAACCGAGGUGUGCCAAUUCUUCAUUUAAUUCCUGUUCCAUUCCCUGAAGUUUGGCAUAAAAUGAACGACAACAUUGAUGCGAUUGAUGUCACAACAGUUGAAAACAUUAACAAAAUUCUACGAAUUUUCAUUGCUGAAUAUUUACACAUCGACGUUUCCCAACCUUUUCAUGAUGAGUGACGAACAUGCACAAAAAAACUUAAUUGAAUGAAGCACGGUUUAACUUAAUUCUUUAAAAAAAAAACAACUGAAAGUACUAUUAAAUUUAAUCUUUUUGUUUUGUUAAUAAUUUUAAUAAAAUUACAUUCCAUGAUUGUGUUUCAUGUGUUGUCUUAAAUGCCCUAGCCUUAUAAAUGAUUUCCCACACACAUCACAUUUGUUCUUCUCCAUUUGAGUGUCACGAAAAUCUUUGUCGUGUUGAAAUUUUUUGUGACGUUGAUAAAGAGUUCUGUUGGCGAGUUUUUGUCCGCAAACUUCACAAGUAACUCCUUCAAGUGUGUGACCUUCCAUGUGAGUGCUACGAGCAGCUGGCGUUUUAAAAGUUUUCGGGCAAAUUGAGCAUUCGUAAGGUCUCGCUGAUGAGUGAACAUUCUGAUGGAUUUUCAAAUCACUCAACGAUAUGCAUCGCUUGCCACAAAUCUCACAACUGAAGCCUGUCAGUCCUUGUUCAUAUAGGAUAUGAGCUUGCAGUUGAUGUUUCACUAGAAAUCGUUUGCCACAAUUAUCGCAUUGAAAUUUCUUACUUGGACAAAUCUUCUGAUGAGCGAGUUUCUCAUAAAUCGAUGAAAAUUCUUCAUGACAAUUUCCACAUGGAUAUGUGAGAUCUGGAAAGAGUUCAAAAUG